AUGAGCGUCAAUAAAAAACCUCACCUGAUGGAUAAACAAAAACCUUUUGAUGAUGAUUUCGAGACUAAAAUUAUGGUUCUGGAUUAUGAUUCAUUAGCACAAAUAUUCAUGUGGCUUCCGGUAUCUCAGAGGAUAUUCAUGGAAAAUGUUUGUCACAAAUGGAAAGAGGCUUGUCAACCACCAUGGUACGACAUCAAAAAAUACAAAUGUGGUGUCUCAAUUAGUGGUAAUUAUAAAAACCGUUUAUUGACACAAUCAUUUGUUAAAAAAGUAUUAUUACGAUGUGGUGCAUAUUUAAAAGAAUUGGCUCUUUCUAAAGUUUGCAAUUCAAGCAUCUUUCCAAUCGUUGGUGAACGUUGUAAAAAUUUAACAAGACUUGAAUUUGUAUUUGAUGAGACAUCAAGAGAACUCACGAAAGAAGCAAUAAUUGCAAUUUCAAACAAUUGUAAAAAACUCGAACAUUUAGAAAUUCCGUAUUGUAAAAUAACAUCUUGUCCAUUUUCUCUUGAUCAUUUAUCAAAACUGCAGUAUCUUGAAUAUUUAGAUUUAUCAUGUAUUAAAAAACUUCAAGAUAGUACUAUUAUUUUUAUUGCUGAUGAAUGUAAACACUUGAAAUAUUUAAAUAUUGAAGGGCCGAACAAUAUCACUGAAAAUGCCUUUGAUGUUUUGAUGAAAUUGGAAAAUUUGAAAGAAUUGACUAUAGACUGCAACAAGACUAUCACCAACAAUUUUGUUGAAAAAUUAAAAGGAUUACGAGUUUUAAAUUGUCGUGGUUGCAUCAACCUCACUGAUGCUGGUAUCAUUCAGGUCAUCAAAAAUUGUCCAGAUCUCGAACGACUUACUCUCUCUUUUAUUGAUAAUAUUACACUUGAUACGAUUAUUGCUGCUGAUUUGGCAACAAAAAAUCGUUAA